AUGGGUGGAGCUCUAUGGAAAGUGCACAUUCCGAUGAGGAAUGCUAUGAUAGUUGGUUAUGAUUUGUACCAUGAUUCGACACUUUAUGGAAAGACCAUUGGUGCAUGCGUGUCAACGACAGACCAGGACUAUACUCAGUUCUAUUCACAGACUCGUCCCCAUGAAAAUCCUACAGAACUCAAUGUGCUGGGCGAAUCAAAUCUGGCCACUUCAUCAAAAGCGCUUCAUAAGUACUAUGUAGCUAACAAUCGUACACUCCCGGAUAAAAUCUUCCUUUAUCGCGAUGGGGUUGGCGACGGGCAAAUUCACUAUGUGAAGGAUCAGGAGGUAACUUUGGUGCAGAAAGCGUGUGAAGAAAUCGUGGAGAAGAAGAAGGCAAAACCUAUCAAGCUGGCUUUCAUCAUCGUCACGAAAAAGGGAGCACCCGAUGCACUGUUGACAAACCCGGAUCCUGGCACGGUUGUCGAUACGGUUGUCACACGUCCUGAGAGAUAUGACUUCUACCUUGUUCCACAAUUUGUGAAUCAAGGGACUGUCACACCGGUCUGUUACAAUGUCAUCUUUGACAAUACAGGUCUGUCGCCGGAUCAUCAUCAAAAGGCAAGUUUUGCUCAUUUGGGG